UUUCAUGUCAACGGGACUUUGUGAUCAGUGCCAAAAACCUGAGAAUGUAGAACAUGUUUUUGUGUAUUAUUGCACAAAAUAUGAAAUUUAAUGGAUGAUCUCGGUGGAAGACAUGGCGGAUUAACUGGACGUGGAUUAAAGAAAUAGGCUACUGGAAUGCAGUAGGAGCUAAAUAUUUUAUUAGUUUUUUGACUAAAACAGGACUAAUAUCAAGAAUAUGAAAAAAUAAGAUGUUGUAUAUGGGAAGUAACUAGAUCCUGAAGAUGGUGGUAAUGCAACACCAAGGAUGCAAGCUGCUGUUAAAACCAAAAAUGCUGUUUUUCAUGUCCGCGGGUUGAAGCGACCCCAAUAAUGUCAUUUAACAUGAUAAUUCUGCAAUAUGAAUUUUACCAGAGGAACCUCGCCAAAAAAAACGUGUAUUUAACCCCCCGAAACGCCAUUGGGCUAGUUUGGCGGAUUUUUGUUGCGAAAACCUGGCAACCCUGGGUUUAAUUUAUUUUGAGUACUUUAGUACUAUCAUUUGUAUUUAGGUAAUAUGUGACCCUGAACCACAAAACAAUACAUUGUAUGGGUCAAAAUUAUCGAUUUUUCUUUUAUGCCAAAAAUCUUUAGGUUAUUAGGUAAAGUUAAUCAUGUUCUGUGAAGAUGUUUUGUAAAUUUCCUACCGUAUAUAUAUCAAUAUUUGAUUAGUAACAUGUAUUGAACUUAAUUUGGACAACUUUAAAGGCGAUUUUCUCAAUAUUUAGAUUUUUAGCACCCGCAGAUUCAAGCUUUUCAAUCCUAUCCUAACAAACCAUACAUCGAUGGAAAGCUUAUAUUUGUUUAUUUCAGAUAAUGUAUAAAUCUCGAUUUCAAAAAGCUGACUCUUAUGACUGGUUUUGUGAUCCAGGGUCACAUACAUUUUGUACAGUUUUUCAGAAACUUUAGUCUGGUUAGCUUUCAUCUGCUGUGACGGAUCAAACAUUUUCUCCUCUGAAGAAACGAGUACGUAGCGUUCGUUGAAAAGGACAUCUAGUGCGCAUGCGCAGUGAAGACAACAACAGCCCACUACAGCAAAACAAUGGCGACUGCCGUGGAGAAUAUCGUUAAAGUGCUUGGAGAGCAGUACUAUAAAGAUGCUUUGGAGCAGUGUCACAGUUAUAACGCCCGGCUGUGUGCCGAGCGGAGCAUCCUCAUGCCCUUCCUGGACUCCCAGACUGGAGUCGCUCAAAGCAACUGCUACAUUUGGAUGGAGAAGAGACACAGGAGUGCAGGUACCGCACCGGGACAGCUGUACACAUAUCCUGCUCGGCGCUGGAGGAAGAAGAGAAGAGCUCACCCACCAGAAGACCCUGCUCUGGUUUUUCCUCCACUCAAAGCAGCUGAGCUGGAACUGAACCUGAAAAAAGAUGUGUUGGGUCCGUUGGAUGGGAGCAGUCUGGAAGCCUUGCUGAAAGGAGAGCCGAUGGAUAAAAAAGUCUCCACGGAGCUCAGACCGCCUGAGGAAGAAGCCAGUCUGACCGAGAUCACUGGAACCAGUGCGGCCAGCAGCCACAGCAGCUCCACACGCUUUAGGAAGAGAAUCCUUGAGCCGGAAGACUACUUGGAUGAUCUGGAUGAUGAAGAUUUUGAGGAGGAGACUCCAAAAAGACGAGGAAAAGGAAAGUCUAAGGGUCGAGGAGUUGGAAAUGGAAAAAAGAAAAUGGAAGCUGCUGCAGCUGCCCAGGAAGAUCGAGACAAACCGUAUGCUUGUGACAUCUGUGGGAAACGCUAUAAAAACAGACCAGGUUUGAGUUACCACUACACUCACUCUCACCUGGCUGAUGAAGAGGGAGAAGACAAAGAAGAACCUGAGAUGCACACACCUGCACCACAAGAGGAACCCAAGACCCCUAAGAAAGGACCAAAUGGCCUGGCGUUACCCAAUGACUAUUGUGACUUCUGCCUGGGCGACUCUAACAUGAACCAGAAAACUGGCCAGUCUGAGGAACUGGUGUCCUGCUCUGACUGUGGACGUUCAGGACAUCCUUCGUGCCUGCAGUUCACUGCCGUGAUGAUGGCAGCUGUGAAGACUUACCGCUGGCAGUGCAUUGAGUGCAAGUGCUGCAAUGUUUGUGGCACAUCUGAGAAUGACGACCAGCUUCUGUUCUGUGAUGACUGUGAUCGAGGAUACCACAUGUACUGCCUCAGCCCUCCCAUGUCAGACCCUCCAGAAGGAAGCUGGAGUUGCCACCUGUGUCUGGCUCUUCUGAAGGACAAGGCCUCCAUUUAUCAGAGCCAAAACCCUGCGAUGGAGUGAUAAUGAAAACAGUCUAGCUUGAAGAAUGCAAUCCAUUAGAAACGCAUUCAGAUGGUCGUGAAACAGCGGAAAGAGAAAUCAUUGGCCCUAACGUAGCCAUUGUUUUUGGUUUUUAUUUCACUAUGACUGUUACACACAUCACAAGCAGUGUUUGAAAUGAAAGAGUGCAUAAAGGAAAGGUUUGAGAUGGAUCAAAUACGCUUCAUGCAUUAUGAGCAGCAUUUCCACAUUCCUUGAUGUUAGGGCCAGUGGUUCAGAUGAUUAAGCACCUGUUUAUGCAUUGCCAAAUUUUUUUUUUUUCAUCUUUAUUAUUCACUCAAGAUUCAUUUGUUUACAUAGAGCAAACAUAUGGCUUAAUCCUUCAAGGAUUUUAUGGAUUUAAAUAUUCAUUUGUACAAGAAGUGUAUCUGUUUAUCUUUGUCGUAAAUGAUUAUUUCUUGUAAGUCGUUCUUUCAGGAAGUAAUUGUGCCAAGGUCCAGAUUCAAAAACCAGAAGAUGGUGCUUUUUUUUUUUUUUUUUAAUUGUUUUUUGUUUCUUCAUUUUCUGGAUUCACUCAUUUUAAUUCCACAAAAA